AUGGAUUUUCAAGAUUGCAGAUUGUGGGGAAGAGCUGUCGUCGCAUUUGGUUUGAACCAAGUUGGUGGACAGAAUUAUCAUCAAAACCUUGGUUUGAAUUUAAAUUCGGCGCCAACAACUGCGGUCAACUCGUCAGAAGACACUUCUCUGCCUCACAAAUUUGACAUCAUGAUCUUUCGUUGGAAUCGUCUUGCUGCUACCUCAGGCAACCUCACUGGUGAGGUGGCAACUCUGGGCAGCGUCUCUCUUGAAUUGAAAGGACACAGCGUCUGCAAUCCAACCAUUGGCCCUGUUGUCCUUGAGCGAUUUGCCAACACUCCUCUUUUUCGCAUUGCAGUCCUCGAUCCCACCUCUACCCACAUUGUUGGCACUGUCACCCUUCCUGCGGAUAGCCUAUGGACGCUCUACAAGCCCAUGAAGGUCAAGUCUACAAAUGCCGGUCUGAAAGCAAUCAAGAUUAUCAUCACCGUUGAUUCGAUCAAGGAAGGAUAUGAUAUGGUCAAAGUGACGUUGCCGUACGAUGGAGAACAAGGCAGUGCAGUCCUCUUUGGACAAGCCUUGAUUUUCGCUAGCUCUACGGUGACAGAGGCAAAUAUGUAG